CUAUCUCUCGUCGUCGUCGUCGUCGUCUUCUUCGAACGGGACUGGAUUGUGCCGCGCGCGCGAGCCGGAGCGUGAAUUUCCUUGCUCAAUAAUGGCUACUGCUAAACCAGCAGUUUCAAGCUUCGCACCACUAUUAGAAACCUUGGAAGAUUUGUCUAUUUCAACUACAGAGCAGGUGGAUGCCUACCUUACCAUUUCUAAUCGCCUGAGUGGAGGGGAUGGGAAAGAAUUUGCUGGUGCAGUCGGGUCUCAGUUCAGUCGUCUCUGCAAAGCAUUUAAAGGUCACAUUUCAAGUUCAAAUUCUGAAGUUGGUAAUGCAGCACUGCAAGCAUUGGGUUUCUGCGUCUUUCACAGUAAUAUUGUUGCUGGAUUGCCAGGACCAGAUGCAAGUGAACUGCUCCUUGCUCUGUGUGAUAUUGCUGUCAAAUCCACUGACAAGAACAGGUGCACAAGAGCGCUCUGGGUAAUCGCUAAGCAGAACUUUUCCCCAGAGGUGGUUGGGAAAGAGGUACCAAAUAUACUUGCAGCAUUGGAGAUGGUCCUCAGUAGAGAUGCACAAUCAAUAGUCAUUGAACAUGAAGCACUAAAUCUAAUUAUACGGCUAAUUGAGGUAACACCUGCUAAAAUGGGCGAAGAUGCGGUUCGGUGGGCCAAGCUGUUGGUUCCUCUUGUAGUUCAUUCAGACGAAAAAGUGCGUUUACGGGCAGCGACGGCCCUAGAAAUGGGAAUUCCUUUAAUGCUGCAAAAACAACUGGAGGUUGCAGCUGUGAUCGACCCUUUGAUGAUGCCGAAAAUUAUUCCAGAGCUACAGAAAUUCUUCUCGGCAAAAAAUGAAACAUAUGUGCUGAAAUUAUGGCCUCUUUUUGUGAAGCUAUUAGGAAAGGCAUUACACCGUGGUCGAACUUUCAUUAAUUCCCUACUGCAUUUAGAAGAACUAGGCUUCCGCAGUAGCUCACCAGUUGUGAAGAAAAUCGCUUUCAUUGCCUGGAAAAGCCUGAUUGACAACUUUGCCUUGAAUCCUGAUAUACUUUGCAGUGCAAAAAGGCUGAAGCUUCUCAUGCAGCCACUACUUUCUAUUCAUGUAAGAACUGAAGUUUUGGGACUUGCCAAACUAGAAGUCUGGUGGUAUUUGGCUUUUCGGCUCGGUCCACAGCUUUCUGCUAACUUCGAACAGGUGGGUGUGCCACUGCUUCAAAACGCAUUUGGCUCUGAAGGAAUUCUCAUACCUCCUGGGACACCAUCUAGAGCUGCCAUACCCAUUCUUAAUAUAACUCCAAUCUCUGCACAAAAAGGAAGUAAAGGAGGAGUUCUUGCUUCUCCAAGUCCUACAGUAAUGAGGUCACAGUUGAAUUCCAGCAUGGCUACAUGUCCAGUGAUCCAAGCUGUACAACUUGUCGGAGUUGAAGUCUUACUUCAUUUCCUGGUGGGUCCAGAGAUUAUAGAUCAUGUGAAACCGAACAAACUUCAGCUUAGUCUAGACCCUCUCCAGCACCCAUUAAUUAACAGCCCUUCGUUCUUUUGCAAGCAUGCUGGAACUUUGAUAAAUGCAGUCAGGGAUGCUUUCAUUUCUGUUGGCAAAGUGGUUGAAGAUGUCAUGCUUAAUCUUAUUUGGAAGCACCUGAUUAGCUAUGUGAAGACCGCCAUUGAAUCAGGCGCAAAGAAGGAGCGGCAAGGAUCCGAGGUAUUGACCUUGUUAUUGCAAGCAUUGCAACAGAUCACAAAGUCAGAAUCUCUCUCUUCACUCAAAAUCUUGACCCUUAUAGAAAUCGCUGUUAAAGGGCUCCCUCCAAAGGUCUUGGGAUCACCAGCAUACCAGGUCGCCAACAUGGACAUUAUGAAUGGCACUCCUGCACUCUUCCUGAUUCUUCUGCUCUUUCACAAUAAUGUAUUGCAAUCCUCUGUGACCGAAGAAAGGUUUUUUGUUACCCUCGAGACACUUGUUGACUAUGGAUUGUCUGGUCCCACGUCCUCCCUGGCAUUCAGUGAAUCAGUUCUAAAUGUUAUCAACCAGUCCGCAAGAAUGGUGGAAAACAACGAACACCUUUGGCGUAUGUGGAGCAUUGUCAUUAACCCAUUGACAGAGCAGAUUAUCCAGACCAAUGAAGUAAAUCAAGGAGAUGCAUUAGAGCACAAUUUCGGUGCGAUGCACGUUGCUUUGGCAUUUCCCAUCAACCACCUACUUCCAAGUCAGAAUCUUCUGCAGCCUACAGUGAAGACACUGCUGAAGACUUGGGCAGAGCUGUACAGAGCAUUUGCACGUUGUGCAGCUCUAGUAACAACAACAGAAGCUAAUGUAUGCUGUGAGGAGCUGUGUUCCAAAAUCUUGCCAACACUGGAUGAUGCCGUCUUAUCUAAUUUGUCCACAUUGAUUGCUGUUGUUCAUAUCCUGACAGUGAUGGUCGAAUGCAUUGAUUUUUCUCAGUUCUCCAAAACGUUUCAGCAAAAUAGAGCAUCACCAACCUGUAACCGCUGGAUAAAGAAAAACCAUGAACCUUUAGGAAAUCUAACGCCAUUAUUUAAACUUCUGGUGAAAGUCAUUAAUUCUUUUCAUGUGCUAAGUUCCAAGGAAUCUCAAUUGGAAACCCCAAUGGCUGGAAUGGUAUCCAGUGGAGUUAGCAUUAUUAGUAUUCUAUCCAAUAUUUUUUCCCAUUUAUCGUCGGCUUCAGCAAUUCAAGAAGUGUUUACUCGUCUAGCGGGACCCAUUUCUACCUUCUACAAAAGGAACUCAAAAUCUGCUAAUGGCACUUCAAAGGUGUACACCACUCAUCUAUGCAAUAAGCUGGAGAAACUCUAUGCAGAAAUUCUACUUUGUGUACAGUCACGUUAUUUGUUACCUUAUGACAGUUGGUUGCUCGAAAAGCUGUCCUCACUGCUGAGUAUCACCUUCAUACACAAGAACCGUCAGAUCAGGAACCAGACAGCGCAGUUCUGGAAUGCGACAUUUGCCAAAACCGUGAAACUAAACUAUCCACAGGAAAUGAAGCCAGCACUACAUCAGGCUAAGAAGAAAACACCCUUGAUCUUGCCGGGAUUUGGGUUAUUUGAGUUUGCGGAAGAUUUAAGUGGACCUUCCUCGGAUUCGUCAGAACAUUCCCAGAUUGACACCAAGAUUAGUGGGGUGGAAGCCAAGGCUCCUGUAAAGCGUGAGUCACUCUCCACCAGAGUUGAAGAACAUCUGGAGAAGAGUCCAUCACCUGCUCCAACAAAACUAAAAAUGGAUUAUUCUUCUCCAAAGCCAUCCUCUCGAGAGCUACCUCUUGAGGAAGAAAAAUCUGUGGAUUUUGUUUUCAUACCACCUGAACCCAAACAAAGAAUACUAACUGAACACCAGAAAGAAGUGAUGCGAACAAAGCGGCCUGACAUUCCUAUGAUGUACAAUAACCUGGAUGUAUCUCAAGAUUCUCACUUGUUUUCCCAAUAUACACAAUCUCAAGAUAGUUCAGAAAAACCGGCUUCAGAGAAAAAAGCAGAGGAAGCCAACAAAAAUACUCCACAGCGAGAUGAACAUAUGGAAACUGAAAAUGUGUGUGACAUCCAGGAUACAAUGGAGCCGAGUCUCGGAGAUAAUGCAGGAAAUGACCAGGAAUGUAAUGAUGAGAAGAAAUUAACAGAACAAGUUAUCGAAGACUCUAAAGAACAUGACAGUAAUAACAGCCAAGAGAAAACAAGACAUCUUGUAGUUGAAACUACAUCGAACCGCAUGAAUGGUUAUGCUACCGAACGGGAGACUUCCAAUACAGAUAUCAGUGGGAGUUCUACAUCAUCAGACAUUGUUUCUGGAACACCCCCACAAAAGAGCUUUAGUAGGCGGCAAUCUUUUAUUACUCUCGAGAAGUUUGACAGCUCUGAAUUGUGCUCCUUCAGGGGCCUGACUAUAGGCAAUUUUGCACAAGCAAAUGCUAAAAUUUUAGUUUCUCCUCCAAAGGAGAAAUUGGAAGAUACCCCUCAGCUUGCUGUGGAUAAAAUUCCACAAGAAGUUGUCAGAAGUAUUACCAAAGUUGAGUCGGUUAACAUUGUAACUACUGUGGGAAAGAGAGGUGCACGGAAACAAAAUAAAACUGAACUGGGGAAAUUAGAGAAGCCAGCUAAAUGUACCAGGUUAUCCAAAAGGGGAAAGUCUUCAGAGGAAGAAUCUACUGUUAAUUCAGAAGGGAGUGCUUCAUCCGAAGGGGACUUAAUCACUCCUCAAGAUGAGCAAAAUGAACAAACUCCCAAUACUCCGUCCAAUAUGACACUAAGACGUUCUUCAAGGAAGCUCUCAGAACUGGCAGCAACUGGUCAGGCAGGUAGCCAGAGGAAGAAGAAAGGCAAUAAGCUAAAAGAAGGAACAAAAAAUGAGGGAAAAACUCAGAAGCAGUCACCUCUGAAAAAAGGGAAAUGCUUGAAGGAAAUUGAGAAUAAUUCUAAAACUUCAUCUAGCAAGGCUACACCGGGUAAAAGGGGUGACUUUAAAGCAGAUUCUUUAGGCUGUGAAUCCAUCAAAGUUACCCCCCCUGCUGUCCGUUUUCGUUACCAGACUCGUAGAUCAUCCCAAGGUAUAUCUCAGGUUGAAAGUAAUUGUGAUACAAAUGAGUCGGACAGUUCUGAAAGUAGCUCUCGGCUUCAGGAUAGUCAAAACAGAAAGAUGACACUUCGAGGAAAGAUCAAAGCUCGAGAGGCUACUUCCCCAGUGGACAAUAAGACUGAGAACAUAACUAAAUCUAAACCAGCUCCAGGCAAUCAAUUGUGCUCAGAAAUUCAAUCUGUAGAGAUGGAGUCUUCAAAGGAAGAAAAAGGCAUUGAGCCGGAGACUGGAACUGAACCGAAAUGCACAGAAAUGGCACACGUGGUUAAUAUGGAAAAUCUAAGUCAGUCUUGCACUUCCGAAAGUGAUACAGCACAGACACCAAGUGAAAUGUCACUUGAGGAACAGAUUAUGGAACAAGAAGUUGUCCCCAAAAUGUGUAGCAUAGCACAGGAUACAGGAAAUCUAAGUCAACCUGUUGAAACUUUAGAAACAAGAUUGGGUGCAACAGUUGAAAACUGUGCUGUUUCAUCUGAUGAAUCAGUUUCUCCUGCAGCGGAAGAUGCAAUGAACGAAUCCGGAACCAGCGAUUGCUCAUCUCUUUCAGAUGUGUUCCUUACAGAUGAAAAGAGCCAACAGACAAAGGACAGUCACAAGGUGAAGCCCAAAGGGAGAAGUAAAAGGACCAGGAAAAUGAAACAUUUUGUCUGCUGUAAAGGCUCCACAAAGCAGAAGAGGAAAUCUCAGACAGAAGCUACAGAAGAAGUUGCUAAACCAGGAGAGGAAGAUCAGAAGUACACUCCAUCUUAUGCUGCCUCCAAGAGGUUAUCAGUGAUUCCUCAUUCUGAUGACUCUGUAAUUGAUGGACCCUGUGCAUUCAGCACACCGCUGACCAAUCAUAAUAACAUGCCCUUUUUUAGUUCUGUUAACACUCCUCCAUCUGAGGCUGAAUCACUCAAAAUAAAGGAUGCUGUUUCCAUAGCUGAUGGCGCAGCCCAGCAGAAAGCAGAAACUCCAGUUUGUACACAAAAUGAAGCAGUUGAGCAAAUCCCUGAAGAAGAGAAACUAAUGGAAGGAGGCAAUAGCACUAUGGAGUUGACCGAGACUAAAGGUAUAUCAGUGUUUGAUGAGGUUGGAGAAUCUGCUGCUACAGAGGAAGAUGAACCAUUAGAAAAUAAUGAAGCACAAGAGAUGGAGUGUGAGAGGCACCACGAUGAAAUGGGAAAGGUGGCCACCUCUGCCCCAUGUGAUAAAACUACUAUAGAGCAUGGGUUGGAGGAACCCUGGAGGGCUGAGAAUGCCGUGAAAGCCGAGGAGGAGGAUCCCGGAAAUGCUGAAGAUUCUGUAAACGAGGAGGAACCCUGGAGGGCUGAGGAUUCCAUAAAGGAGGAGUAUCCCUUGAAGGAAGAGGAACCCUGGAGGGCUGAGGAUCCCUUGAAGGAGGAGGAUGCCUGGAGGGAGAGGGAUGCCUGGAGAGCUGAGGAUCUCGGAGAGCUGAGGAUCUCGGGAGAGCUGAGGAUCUCGGGAGAGCUGUGGAUCUCGGGAGAGCUGAGGAUCCCGGGAGAGCUGAGGAAGAUGGGAGAGCUGAGGAUCCCGGGAGAGCUGAGGAUCCCGGGAGAGCUGAGGAAGAUGGGAGAGCUAAGCAUCCCGGGAGAGCUGAGGAAGAUGGGAGAGCUAAGGAUUCCGGGAGAGCUGAGGAAGAGGGGAGAGCUGAGGAUCCCGGGAGAGCUGAGGAAGAUGGGAGAGCUCAGGAAGAUGGGAGAGCUCAGGAAGAUGGGAGAGCUCAGGAAGAUGGGAGAGCUCAGGAGGAGGAUCUUUGGAGUGCUGAGGAUGGUGUGAGUUGAGGAGGACGGGAAGGAAGAGGAUUCCAGGAGAGCUGAGGAAGAUGGGAGAGCUGAGGAUUCAAGGGAGGCUGAGAUGGAGGAUCCCAAAAAAACUGAGGAUUCCAAGAUGGUUGAGGAUCCCAGGAGGACUGAGGGUGCCGGGGCGGAGGAGGGUGCCAGGGCGGAGGAGGGUGCCAGGGCGGAGGAGGGUGCCGGGGCGGUGGAGGGUGCCGGGGCAGUGGAGAGUCCAGAAUCUGCUAAAAGUAAAAGACCUGCUGUUGAACUGGUGUUGAGGAAGGAAGCUAUAGUAGAACUGGAGCUUCUCAAAUGUAUGGUGUCAGAGAGGAAUGCAACUGAACCGGUCUCCAAGCACCUCCACAUGGAGUCACCGCAAAAGAUGAAGGACGGUGAUGCCAUCUUUCUGAUUGGCUCAAUGCAUAGUCCUUCUGAAAUGCAACCACGGUGUGUGUGGUCACCAACAGCAUCGCCUUCCACAAGCAUCCUCAAAAAAGGGAUCAAAAGACCAUCCGAGAAUGAGUCACCUUCUCCUGUAAACAAGAUGCGGCGAGUCUCAUUUGCUGACCCAAUUCGUCAGGAAGGAUUGGCAGAUGAUAUUGAUCGUCGCAGCCCUGUAGUCCGAUCUCAUUCCUCUUCAGGAGGUUCUCCAGGGAUGAAUCUUGCUGCUUCCAAUGGUCUUAACCGUUCCAGCAGUCAAUCCAAGCACAACACUACUCCAACCAGAGGCUUUCUGUCUCCAAGUUCACGUAGUUUGGGCUAUAAAAGCUCAAAGAAAUGUUUGAUCUCUGAGAUGAUCAAAGAGCCUGUGCCGUUAUCCAGGGAGUGUGUGUAUCCUGCUCUAAUCAGCUGCUCGUCACCAGUGGAGACUAUUCUGCCUCAGCUAGCCUCUAACAUGUGGGCCCGAGGUCUGGGUCAGCUUGUUCGAGCCAAAAACAUCAAGACUGUUGGUGAUUUGAGUGCCCUCACGGCAGCUGAAAUUAAAUUACUUCCGAUUCGUUCACCCAAAGUCCUUGUCGUGAAGAAGGCUCUCAAAGCCUUUUAUGAGCAGCAGAGGAAAUCUCUUGGGUUAAACGAAGAGCUGGUUGUAGAUGAAAAUCAGAAGCUGAUGAAUGGAGCAGAGGACACAAGUUGUUCUAAUGGUGAUGAUGAGAAACUUGCAACAGAUUUAGUUGAGACUGUGUCAUCUGCUGCAGGGCAUUCAGCAGCCCUUGUUUCUGAGGUUAAUGGUCUUUCUACACGUUUCGUCUCUGGGGAUUUGAAUGAAUAUUCGGGGAGCCAGCUCUUUACAAUGCAUCAACAGCUAAGUGGCAUGAUGAACUGCAUCAUGGAGAACUUACAGUCUCGUUGGAGGUCACCUCCCCGUGAAUCAUCCGAUUGACCCUUUAGACUUCAGGAAGUUGUGUAUUAAGAAAAAUCGUUAAAUAAUGGCGAGUAUUGACCUACUUUCUCUAUGCCACCCCCCCCAUACAAGUUGGACUAAGUGUUUUUCAACUACAUUCCUGCAUCCUUUACACCUGUUGCAGUCGGUGCCCGAAUAUGGAUUUCUACUGAAAAAAACUCUUUCUGCCUGUGGGAGGUUCCAUGACAGUUCUUGCAGUAGAUUCUAUGUCUCCGGCUCAAAAGAAGCACACUGUCUGAUCAGAAUGGCAUCAGUCAGCUGUUUCAUCACCGUCCUCUCUUCUGAGAUUAUGUGGUUAAUGAGGGGUGCCAGGGGCAAAAGGUAAUGCAUUUUAGUGGAUAUGUUCAAAAGCUAAUGAUGAAUUGGGCUUCCUGAGUACUGUUCAGAAUUUCAUAGCCUUAUUCUGAUGAACUGCUUUACGGAAGGCAAGUCAAAUGUAAGUGUUAACUUGAGAGUAUCUUGGUCUGCAAAGCAAAUGGAAUGGUUGUGCUGUGUAAAAGCAGUGAGUCAGAACGAUAUGCAGAAAGAGAAUCACAGGUGCAACUCCCAGUUUGAGAAAUAUUUAGUACGGAGGAUGUAAAUUGGAAAUAGCCUUUUUUUAAUGGAAGUUUCUAUAAGGAAAAUACUUUUGUGAUGUUAAAUUAUAUUGCUUUACCUCAUGGAAGUGCAUUGGGAUAGUUUACUUACUGGCAAUUUUGUACCUCUGGCUAUUAUCUGAACAUUGUAGUAAUGAAGGGGUUAGGUGCCAGAGAGAAUCAGUGCACAAAAGUGGAAUCUGAGCUGCACCUUCAAGGUAGAAGCUGUGCUUGAGCUCACCAUAUUAAUCUUGUACAAAUAAAACUAAACCAUUUACA